CCAGAACUACAGGUACCAUCGCUCCAAUGCAAAUAUGGAAUUACAUGAAAUCUCCAAUAACUAUAACUUGCCUUGUUAUUUCAAAACUGCUAUUAUUGGCUCUUCCCAUUGCUCAGAUUGCAAUAGGUGCAGUAUAUCUGCAAGACUGUCCCCAGCAGUACUAUAUCCCAGUGUAUGUGCUGGUUUGUGGAGUGUUUAGUGUAUUUCUGGACUUGCUGUCUUGUCUGCCCUGCGCCAGGGAGGCAAAGGAGGGAGGUCACACCAUGCUCCACCGUACCUGCAAUGCGUGGAAUUCUCUAGUUUCUACCUUCUUGUUGUGUUGGAUGAUCUGUGGCAGUGUGUGGAUUUACUCUAUUUAUCCUCCUAACUACAACCAAACUGUGACUGGAGAACCCUACUGCAAUAAGACUCUCUACCUGUUUGCAUUCUGGACCACCACACUGGCAUACAUUGCGUUAGGUCUAGCGCUGUUGUCUGGGUGCUGUGUUUGUAUCUGUGCUUGCAUUUGUUGCGCCUCAUCUGGGGUGGAGGCGCAACAUGAAAGAGUACGAGGAGAUGGAGGAGUUUUGGAAAACGAAUGA